AUGUUCAGCGCGUGCAUCAUCGUCUCGUUCCUGAUUCAGAGAUUCAACUGGACGUAUUUACAACCGUCGGGAGCGUCCUUAUGCAUCGGGAUGAUCUCUGGAGCGAUAAUCAAUUCCACCAUGCACGAUAAAGUCGAUCGACUGUUCAUGUUCUCACCGAACGCGUUCUUUUACGGGUUUUUACCCAUCAUUAUUUACUCCGCGGGAUUGAACUUGCAAAGGAAAAAUUUCUUUCAAGAUUUUUGGACGAUAUCUUUAUUCGCGUUUGUAGGGACGGUGAUUAGCGCGUUCGUGUUCGGGUUAGGGACGUGGUUUUUGACUUUAAUAGGGAUUAUAUCGAAGAAGCAUUUGGGGUCGAACAGGUUUUUAGAGUGUUUGAUGUACGGGACGUUGAUAUCGGCGACGGAUCCGGUGGCGACGUUGAGCGUAUUCGCGGACGUGAAGGCGCCUCCGCUGUUGUAUAAUUUGGUGUUUGGCGAGUCGGUGUUGAACGAUGCCGUGGCGGUGGUGUUGUUUAGGACGCUGGAGAAGUUUUACUCCGUAGAUUUCACCAUUAAAACGUUCUUCACGGUGAUAUUUCAGUUCAUAGGCGUGAGCAUUGGGUCGAUGACGAUUGGGAUUUUGUGCGCCUUGGUGUGCGCGUUUACGACGAAGCGGUUGGGUUUGAACGACCCGGGGGUACACGUCGCCGCGUCGUAUAACGGAACCGCGUAUACGUUUGCUUUGUUAUUAUUAGAUGGAUAUUUCUCCUACGUCAUCGCGGAAAAUGUCGGGUGUUCUGGGAUUAUGAGCAUCUUUUUCACCGGGAUUGGCAACGCGCAUUACUCGUACCACAACGUCGGCGCGGAGGCGAAAGUGGCGGUUUUUAAAUCGUUCGAAGCGAUUGCAUUUUUAUCGGAAACGUUCGUUUUCGCGUAUUUAGGUUUACAAGUCGCCACUGCUCCUCACGUUUUUGACGUUGGUAUGAUUUUAUUCGGGUUUCCGUUGGCGUUAGCCUCGCGCUUCGCGAACAUUUUCCCGUUGUCCAAAGUCGCCAACGAGGUGCGCACGGAGAAGAUUCCGGAGAAUAUUCAAAAAAUGCACGCGGCGUGUGGUUUACGCGGUGCGGUAGCGUAUGCUUUAGCGUUGGCGAUGCCUUCGACGAACCCAUCGGCGAACGUGAGAGGAUCGCCGGCGAUAGAAACUGCGACGUUAGUGAUUUGCGUGAUUUCCACGUUGGGCCUCGGCGGCGCGUGUUUACCUUUGAUGCAAAAAUGGAAGUUGCACGACCCGGACGACGUGAGUCAUUCGAACGCAUUCGAUCGAGGGGAUUACGACGACGACGACAACGACGGGGAAAUUGCGAACGACCCAGUCAUGAGAGCGGAAAUGCGUGCGAUUCAAGACGCUGAAAGAGCGGCGAUGGGAGGCGGGUUCAACCACUGGUCGCGGAAUUUUACAAAAGUGAAAUAUUUCUUCUUCGAUACCUGGGAUAAAGUGGAAUACGGCUUUAUGCGACCGACGUUUGGUGGGCGACCAAUUGGUGGCAGUGGCGGUGCAGGCGGCGGUGGUGUAGGUAGUGGUGGUGGUGGAGUAGGAGUAGGACGGGCGGCGUUUUCGAGAUUACAAAACGAGGACGAAGACGAGGACGCGAACGCGACGAACAACACCGGUAGCGACAACGUCGAAUUAGGAAACCCCGUAGCCUUCGCCGCCAACGCCGCUGCAAACAAGUGA